AUUGCAUCAACAUAAGUGUAUAUCGUAUUUAUCACUUGUAAAUGGUAUGAAGAAACAACGUUCGACUAAAACAAAGUUACUGUCUAAUGUUGGUAUAACUAGAAAUUCAAUGUUGGUAUUACUGGAAAUUCAAUAGCAUAACGCAACGUUCGUUAUCCUCUCAGAUUCGAUCGUUCUUUUAGUACAGCAAGAUGGCUGAUCAGAGUGAGCGUGCAUUCCAGAAACAACCUACGAUCUUUCUUAACCGCAAGAAAGGUCUAGGCCCAAAAAGGAGGAAACCAAUGCGGUAUAGCCGCAAUGUAGGUCUCGGUUUCAAAACACCACGUGAAGCUUUGGAAGGGACUUACAUUGAUAAAAAAUGCCCGUUUACUGGUAACAUUUCUAUUAGAGGACGCAUUCUUACCGGAGUAGUACAGAAGAUGAAAAUGCAAAGAACUAUUGUCAUACGUAGGGAUUACCUUCAUUAUAUCCGAAAGUACAACCGUUUUGAAAAGCGUCAUCGUAAUAUGAGUGUCCAUCUGAGUCCUUGUUUUAGAGAUGUAGAAAUUGGCGAUGUAGUAACAAUUGGAGAAUGCAGACCUCUCAGUAAAACAGUCAGAUUUAAUGUCCUGAAGGUUUCUAAAGGAACGGGAUCUAAGAAAAGAGCGGUUGACACACUCGUAGGAACUAACAGUGAAAAAAGAAGGGAAAAUUACCACCUUGAUUUGUAUCUUAUAAUGUUACAAAUUAAUAAAUAAACACAUUUCUAUACAG